UAACUCAGUUCUUCCAUGGGAGGAGCAGAGGGAUGCUGCUUCUUUAUAAAAGCCAAUUUGCCCUGAGGAUGUCAACUGUAAAGCUGUUUCUGUUUCUAUGUAUAUGUCUGUACUGAGUGAGAAGACAUUUGGACUCGAUUCAAUAAUGGAGAUUGAAGGAAGGCCAGGACUGCAUGUGCAGAAAAAAGGAAUCGUGAAGCAGCCUGACCCUGUCAAACCACCACCAAACAACGCAGAAGAAGAGGAUCUGGACGAUGAAAACAUGCAUAAGGAGGCAAUGAACAGGCGCAAUGCCUGGCAGCGCAGUGUCUUCUAUUCCCUUGGCAAAGAGACCUUUUUCUUCACUGGACAGGAGAUCAGCGUCCGAGAAUCACUCGACUCUUUUGGCGCCGUCGUCUGGCCAGGCGCUGUGGCUCUCUGUCGGUAUUUGGAGAAGAACCGGGAACAGGUGGACCUGCUGGAUAAAGCAGUGCUAGAACUUGGAGCGGGAACAGGACUGGUGUCCGUAGUGGCAAGUUUACUGGGUGCUUGGGUCACAGCCACAGAUCUGCCUGAUGUCCUGUCAAACCUGAGCUUUAACCUCUCGCGCAACACACGCGGCCGCUGCAGAUACACACCUCAGGUGGCGCCUCUGGUCUGGGGUCAGGAUGUGAAACGUGACUUCCCCAGCUCAGUCUACAGUUAUGAUUAUGUGCUGUGUGCAGAUGUGGUCUAUCAUCACAACUUUCUAGAGGAUCUACUGAUCACUAUGCAGCACUUCUGCAAGCCAGGAACCACCCUACUCUGGGCAAAUAAGGUGCGAUUCCAAUCUGACCUGCAUUUCAUUGAAAACUUCAAAAAUGUUUUUAAUGUCACAUUGCUGGAAGAGAUCCCACAAGAGGAGGUCAGGAUCUACCAGGCCACUGCAAGGAAGUCAGCCCAACAACAUGAUGUGUAGCAAGAACUGUACAUGGGAGAUUGUACCUUAAAGGAGAAGUUCACUUCCAGAGCAAAAAUUUACAGAUAAUUUACUCACCCCCUUGUCAUCCAAGAUAUUCAUGUCUUUCUUUCAGUCGUAAAGAAAUUGUUUUUUGAGGCA